UUUUGUCGUGUUAAUUUGGGGAGAGCAAACGGGUCGCGACUCGCUUCUCUUUCGGUUCGAAACUCGCCGCAGCCGGAAACGUCUCUGGCCGUCGGGAUUUGAAUCGCCGGCGAUAUGGACGGAGUCGAUACGAAGAAGAAGAAAGCAGGAGGGCCUCGUCUCUGUUGCAUCUGCAACCAGAGACGAGCCGUCCUCAAGAGGCCUAAAACCCUGCAACAGAUAUGCAGGGAGUGCUUCUAUGAGGUUUUUGAGGAGGAAAUCCACCAAGUUAUUGUCGAAAACCGAUUAUUUAAGCCCAGCGAACGAGUUGCCAUAGGAGCUUCUGGUGGAAAAGACUCGACGGUGCUCGCAUAUGUAAUGUCAGAGCUGAACAGACGCCACAAUUACGGGUUGGACCUAUUUCUUUUGUCUGUGGAUGAAGGAAUUACGGGUUAUAGGGACGAUUCCCUCGAAACAGUCAAACGAAAUGAAGUCCAAUAUGGUUUGCCACUUCAGAUUGUUUCGUACAAAGAUCUGUAUGGAUGGACUAUGGAUGAAAUAGUGAAGAUGAUUGGUUUGAAGAACAAUUGCACCUUUUGUGGUGUAUUCCGCCGUCAGGCACUUGAUCGAGGGGCUGCGUUAUUGAAGGUUGACAAGCUGGUCACUGGACAUAAUGCCGAUGACAUUGCAGAAACUGUUCUCUUAAACAUAUUACGAGGGGAUAUUGCCCGAUUGGGUAGAUGCACAUCGAUUACUACCGGUGAAGAUGGUCCAAUCCCGAGAUGCAAACCUUUCAAGCAUACGUACGAGAAGGAGAUCGUCAUGUAUGCUUAUUUCAAGAAGCUAGACUACUUCUCCACUGAAUGCAUAUAUUCUCCAAAUGCGUAUCGUGGAUUUGCCCGUGAAUUCAUUAAAGAUUUGGAGAGACUCAGACCGAGGGCAAUUCUCGACAUUAUAAAAUCUGGUGAAGAUUUCAGAAUCGCGACAUCCACAAAGAUGCCGGAGCAGGGAACGUGCGAACGAUGCGGGUAUAUAUCUAGCCAGAAAUGGUGCAAAGCUUGCGUUUUGUUGGAGGGUCUGAACAAGGGUUUGCCUAAGAUGGGCAUUGGAAGAGCACGAGGCUUGAACGGUGAUCAUCAUCAUAAUAAGAAGGAAACCGCCAUGAAAUCUAUAGAGAGCAAACAAUGUGGAUCUCUGGAUUUCUAGAUCAACUGGAAAUCUUUGCAGGUCUGUCAUAUCGUCGAGAUUGAUUCCCCGAGAUACGUUUUUGCGUCUCGGCGUAUGUAAAUGAAUCGAUCCAUCCGUCUCGUAUUUGAUCUGCCGAGAGAGAACUCGUAUCAGUCUAAAAGGGGAUGAUAUUAUUUGCAUAUGAUAAAUUUUGGUUUCUCUUUGUUAGGCUCAGACUGUGCCCCGUUUAUUUUCACUACUAAGUACUAAGUUGCGUUUGAAAGCACGGAUUUUAUGGUCU